AUGUUCCUCACCGUCAAGCUGCUCCUGGGCCGGAGAUGCAGCGUGAAGGUGACAGGGCAGGAGAGCGUGGCCACGCUGAAGAAGUUAGUGUCCAAGAGGCUGCAGGUGCCAGAGGAACAACAGCACUUGCUCUUCCGAGGCCAGAUUCUGGCCGACGACAAGCUUCUCUCUGACUAUGGCAUCGGGCCCAAUGCCGCCAUCAAUGUCAUCAUGCGGCCCUCGGAGAAGCCGGCGCCCGCCCCGGCCGGCCAGCGGCAGUCCCUGUGGCCCUGCCUGGACCAGGUCCUAGCCAAGCACUUCAGCCCGCAGGACGCCAAGGCCGUGCUGCAGCUGCUGCGGCAGGAGCAUGAGGCGCGCCUGCAGAGGAUAAGCCUGGGUGACCUAGAGCAGCUGGCCCACUUCCUCCUGACCGAGGAGCCGCUGGGGGACCCCGCGGGGGGCAGAGAGGCUGCGGCCGAGGCCUCGGAGCCCCCCGAGGAGGAGAAGACCGAUCAGUAA